AACCCUUCCGCGGCCGGGCUGAGCCGCAGGCGCUGCCCGAGCCGCGGGCGCCGGAGCGGCUGUCGGCGCGGCGGCGGCGGGCGGGAGGGAGCCGGGAGCCCGGCGCUCGAGCGGGCGGAGCGCGGCGCUGGGACGCGGCGGAGCGGGGCCCGUGGCUCGGCCAAGGCCGGCAGACAGGUGUGCGGGCGGCCGGAGCUUAAGCGGCUCCAGGCCCGGCCAGCGGUUAGGAGCCAGCACCCGGGACCCGGCGUCCACAGUCCAGUCCCGGCCCCGCCCGUGCUCAGCUUGGCCGCAGGGUGCGGAGACCACGGCCCGGCCAGGCCACCCGAAGCCUAGUGCUGGGCCGGGCCGGGCCGGGGUGGGUGGGGGCCCGCCCGGCCCGCCCAUGGGCUCAGGAUGCCUGUGCGGAGGGGCCACGUCGCGCCGCAGAACACCUUCCUGGACACCAUCAUCCGCAAGUUUGAGGGCCAGAGCCGCAAGUUCAUCAUCGCCAACGCCAGGGUGGAGAACUGCGCCGUCAUCUACUGCAACGACGGCUUCUGCGAGCUGUGCGGCUACUCUCGGGCCGAGGUGAUGCAGCGGCCCUGCACCUGCGACUUCCUGCAUGGGCCGCGCACGCAGCGCCGUGCCGCCGCGCAGAUCGCGCAGGCCCUGCUCGGCGCCGAAGAGCGCAAAGUGGAGAUCGCCUUCUACCGGAAAGAUGGGAGCUGCUUCCUGUGUCUGGUGGAUGUGGUGCCUGUGAAGAACGAGGAUGGGGCUGUCAUCAUGUUCAUCCUCAACUUUGAGGUGGUGAUGGAGAAGGACCUGGUGGGGUCCCCGGCACGUGACACCAAUCACCGGGGCCCCACCACCAGCUGGCUGGCUCCCGGUCGGGCCAAGACCUUCCGCCUGAAGCUGCCUGCGCUGCUGGCGCUGACCACUCGGGAGUCUGCUGGGCGGCCGGGCAGUGCGGGCAGUGUGGGUGCCCCCGGAGCUGUGGUGGUGGAUGUGGACCUCACGCCUGCGGCACCCAGCAGCGAAUCACUGGCCCUGGACGAGGUGUCGGCCAUGGACAACCAUGUGGUGGGGCUUGGGCCGGCUGAGGAGCGGCGUGCACUGGUGGGCCCGGGCUCACCUACGGUCAGUGCACCUGGCCCACACCCGUCUCCGAGGGCCCACAGCCUCAACCCUGAUGCCUCAGGCUCCAGCUGCAGCCUGGCCCGGACGCGCUCCCGAGAGAGCUGUGCCAGUGUGCGCCGUGCAUCUUCGGCUGACGACAUCGAGGCCAUGCGCGCAGGGGCCCUGCCCCCACCACCGCGCCAUGCCAGCACUGGGGCCAUGCACCCCCUGCGCAGUGGCCUGCUUAACUCCACCUCAGACUCGGACCUCGUGCGCUACCGCACCAUUAGCAAGAUUCCCCAAAUCACCCUCAACUUUGUGGACCUCAAGGGAGACCCCUUCCUGGCCUCGCCCACCAGUGACCGGGAGAUCAUAGCACCCAAGAUAAAGGAGCGGACUCACAAUGUCACUGAGAAGGUCACCCAGGUCCUGUCUCUGGGUGCUGACGUGCUGCCGGAAUAUAAGCUGCAGGCACCACGCAUCCACCGCUGGACCAUCCUGCACUACAGCCCCUUCAAGGCCGUGUGGGACUGGCUCAUCCUGCUGCUGGUCAUCUACACGGCUGUCUUCACGCCCUACUCGGCUGCCUUCCUGUUGAAGGAGACUGAAGAGGGUUCCCAGGCCCCUGACUGUGGUUAUGCCUGCCAGCCAUUGGCCGUGGUGGACCUUAUUGUGGAUAUCAUGUUCAUCGUGGACAUCCUCAUCAACUUCCGCACCACCUAUGUCAAUGCCAACGAGGAGGUGGUCAGCCACCCCGGCCGCAUCGCUGUCCACUACUUCAAGGGCUGGUUUCUCAUUGACAUGGUGGCCGCCAUCCCCUUUGACUUGCUCAUCUUUGGCUCUGGCUCUGAGGAGCUCAUUGGGCUGCUGAAGACUGCGCGGCUGCUGCGGCUGGUUCGCGUGGCGCGGAAGCUGGACCGCUACUCGGAGUACGGGGCCGCCGUGCUUUUCCUGCUCAUGUGCACCUUCGCGCUCAUUGCGCACUGGCUGGCCUGCAUCUGGUACGCCAUCGGCAACAUGGAGCAGCCGCACAUGGACUCGCGCAUCGGCUGGUUGCACAACCUGGGCGACCAGAUCGGCAAGCCCUACAACAGCAGUGGCCUGGGUGGUCCCUCCAUCAAGGACAAGUACGUCACAGCGCUCUACUUCACCUUCAGCAGCCUCACCAGCGUGGGCUUCGGCAAUGUCUCUCCAAAUACUAACUCGGAGAAAAUCUUCUCCAUCUGCGUCAUGCUCAUUGGCUCCCUCAUGUAUGCCAGCAUCUUCGGCAACGUGUCUGCCAUCAUCCAGCGGCUGUACUCGGGCACCGCCCGCUACCACACACAGAUGCUCCGGGUGCGGGAGUUCAUCCGCUUUCACCAGAUUCCUAACCCGCUGCGUCAGCGCCUAGAGGAAUACUUCCAGCACGCCUGGUCCUACACCAACGGCAUCGACAUGAACGCGGUGCUGAAAGGUUUCCCUGAGUGCCUGCAGGCCGACAUCUGCCUGCACCUGAACCGGUCACUGCUGCAGCACUGCAAGCCUUUCCGCGGGGCCACCAAGGGCUGCCUGAGGGCUCUGGCCAUGAAGUUCAAGACCACACAUGCACCACCAGGAGAUACGCUGGUGCACGCUGGGGACCUGCUCACGGCGCUCUACUUCAUCUCCCGUGGUUCUAUUGAAAUCCUGCGGGGCGAUGUCGUUGUGGCCAUCUUGGGGAAAAACGACAUCUUUGGAGAGCCUCUGAACCUGUAUGCACGGCCUGGCAAGUCCAAUGGGGACGUGCGUGCCCUUACCUACUGUGACCUGCAUAAAAUCCAUCGGGACGACCUGCUAGAGGUGCUGGAUAUGUACCCUGAGUUCUCAGACCACUUCUGGUCUAGCCUGGAGAUCACCUUCAACCUGCGGGAUACCAACAUGAUCCCGGGCUCCCCUGGCAGCGCGGAGUUAGAGGGCGGUUUCAACCGGCAACGCAAGCGCAAGCUGUCCUUCCGGAGGCGCACCGACAAGGACGCGGAGCAGCCAGGGGAGAUGUCGGCCUUGGGGCCUGGCCGGGCCGGGGCAGGGCAGAGUAGCCGCGGCCGGCUGGGGGAGUCCUGGGGGGAGAGCCCAUCCAGUGGCCCCUCCAGCCCCGAGAGCAGUGAGGAUGAGGAACCAGGUCGCAGCUCCAGCCCCCUCCGCCUGGUGCCCUUCUCUAGUCCCAGGCCCCCUGGAGAGCCACUGGGUGGGGAGCCCCUGACGGAGGACCGGGAGAAGAGCAGUGACACCUGCAACCCUCUUUCAGGCGCCUUCUCUGGGGUGUCCAACAUUUUCAGCUUUUGGGGGGACAGCCGGGGCCGCCAGUACCAGGAAUUGCCUCGCUGCCCCGCCCCCACCCCCAGCCUCCUCAACAUCCCACUGUCCAGCCCCAGCCGGCGGCCCCGGGGUGAUGUGGAGAGCAGGCUGGACGCGCUCCAGCGGCAGCUCAACAGGCUGGAGACCCGGCUGAGUGCAGACAUGGCCACUGUCCUGCAGCUGCUACAGAGGCAGAUGACACUGGUCCCACCUGCCUACAGUGCUGUGACCACCCCGGGGCCUGGUCCCACUUCCACCUCCCCUUUGCUGCCUGUGGGCCCCAUCCCCACCCUCACCCUGGACUCGCUUUCUCAGGUUUCCCAGUUCAUGGCGUUCGAGGAGCUUCCUCCGGGAGUCCCAGAGCUUCCCCAAGAAGGCCCCACUCGUCGCCUCUCCCUGCCGGGCCAGCUGGGGGCCCUCACCUCCCAGCCUCUGCACAGACAUGGCUCAGACCCGGGCAGUUAGUGGGGCCGCCUAGUACAGAUGUGUGGCUCACCCAGGGUUCAGGGCACCGCCUGGGCCGCUCCCCUCGGAGGCCCUGCCCAGGAGGCCCUGGCCGCGGAGGGGAGAGGACGGUGAAGGAGCAGCUCCUCCCUGCCCUUGGGACCAUCUCCUCCUGAAGUCCCCUGGGCCCCACUGGGAGGGGCAGGGGCAGGGCCGGGCAGUGGACAGGGGGUCUGUGGUCCCCCCACUGCCCUGGGGGCAUUAGCUGGUCUAACUGCCCGGAGGCACCCGGCCCUGGGCCUUAGGCACCUCAAGGACUUUUCUGCUAUUUACUGCUCUUAUUGUUAAGGAUAAUAAUUAAGGAUCAUAUGAAUAAUUAAUGAAGAUGCUGAUGACUAUGAAUAAUAAAUGAUUAUCCUGAGGAGACUCCA